AUGGGCAAGAGGGACAAGUUCACCUGGGAUCUUUUGCUGGUUGCCUGCUGCAAAAACGGGCACUUUGAUGAAGCGCACUGUGAUGGGCAUCUUGAUUCUGCCAAGAGAAUCAAAGAGGCAGCUGGCUUCCUCAAGGCGUUGGCUUUGGGUGUAGGCGACGAGCAGCGUUGUGACGGAGACAAGAUCGUGAUGCGGCAUCUGAUCCUGAAAGAAGCGCUCCGACUCUUUCAGGAGGCCGCAGUGGACGUAGCCGGAAAGGAUUGCCGUGCAAGUCGAGAGAUUCCUCACAAGCUGGAAGAGCUCCAGAGAAGACUCCAGAUGCCAGUGACGGGAGACACGAUGUCGUCUCGUGCACUUGCGCAAUUGCAGCAUUGCUGUGUGUUGGAACGCCAUAGCCACGGGAUUAACCCACCAAGUUGGCGAGCCCCCAAUGUCUACUUCAACUCCAUGCGUCUGGAUUACGGGGUGGCGGCGAGAAAGCAACACUACUGCUGCAUCGUGGACAUGCUGGGGCGAGCGGGAUACCUGCAUGCGGCGGAAGAGCUUGUGCAAACCAUGCCUUUUCUUCCCAACUCGUGGGACUGGACGUCCAUGCUAAGUUCUUCCAGAGGCGAUAGAAUCUGGAAAAACGGUGCUCGAGUGACGAAACGAGCUUUGCUUUCGAGCCCCAGCGAUGGAGCUGUUCUUGUGCUGCUCGCAAACUCACGCUCUUGA